AUGUUCGGCUUCGGAGAGGCAAAGGACGCUCGCGACGAGGUCUACGACGGCCAGCCCCACGAGUCCAAGAUGUCCCACGAGCUCCUGGGCUCCGCCGCCGCCUUCGAGGGCAUGCGCCUCUGGGAGCAGAACCAGCGCAAGGAGGGCAAGCCCGUCGAGCACGGCCUGGCCAAGGAGAUGCUGGCGGCCGCCGCCGGCUUCGAGGUCGACAAGCUCGUCGAGACCAAGGGCCUGGACUUUGUCGACCGCGAGAAGGCCAAGCACCACGCCAAGAAGCAGGCCGAGGAGCUCUACGAGCAGCAGUACGGCAACAAGGACCAGUUCCACCCUGACUACGAUGCGCCUGAGCACUUCAACCAGUACUAA